GAACCCAUCGCAACUUCGCAAACCCAUCGCCCAUGGGCGAUGGGUUGCUUUUCGAUUUCACGAAACUCUUGCGACGGGUUCAUCCAUCGUUAACCCAUCGCGGCUCAGCAGAUGCCCAAAGGGUGAUCGCAGGGCUGCGAUGGGUUCAAAAACGUAACUUCCUGUCCCAAGGUCAUGUUUUGGCGCGAACACUUUGCCGAUACUUAUUUCUUGACAUUCGACCGUGUAGACAUUCUGCUCUCUAAAAUUUCAGAUUUUUCAAUAGUUUUUAUAAGUUUAUCUCAUCAUGGCCCUUCUUCUGUACGUUAAUAACGCUCGAGCGCUCAAUCGAGAGCGUGUCUUCAGGGAUAGGACCAAUCCCUUGGAUGUAUUAAACGAUAGGAAGAUGCAUAAGUACUACCGUUUCACUCGGCAAGGGGUGAUGAGGAUCAUCGACCUAAUUCAGGACCGCAUAGCCCCUUUGACAGAGAGGAGUCAUUCCAUAGACUCAAGGCUGCAGGUGUUUGUUGCUCUGAACUUUUAUGCAACAUCCGACUUUUACUCCAGUGUCCAGAAGGAGCAUGGUGUUUCUUCAGCUAGCGUUUGCAGAAUAGUCGCUAGAGUUUCCGAAGCUCUGGCAAACUUGAAAGAUGAAGUAAUAACAUGGCGGCCAGUGGUUGAAAAGCAGAGGGAGUUUAUGGAGACGAGUGGAUUCCCCAUGGUCGUCGGGGCAGUGGACUGUACUCAUAUUUGGCUUGAUGGCAGCCCUUUGGGGGACACUGAAUACGCAUUCAUCAACAGGAAGGGAUGGCACAGUAUCAAUGUUCAGUACAUAAGUGAUGCCAAGUACAACAUAAUCAAUGUAAGUGCACGGUGGCCAGGAUCUGUGCAUGACAGCAGAGUCUUCGAGAAUUCAGCGGUAGGACAAUCGUUCCAGCGUGGUGAAUUGGAAGGUGUCAUUCUUGGUGACUCUGGUUACCCGCAAAGAUCAUGGUUAAUGACCCCAUUUCGUAAUCCUCAAACACCUGCAGAACGCGCUUACAACAGGUCUCACAUGAGAGGACGAGUGGUGGUGGAGCAAACUAACGGUCAGAUAAAGAAGAAGUUCCCUUGCUUAAGGAGAGGUCUGAGAGUGGAACCAAAGAAAGCCUGCACAAUCAUCGUUGCUUGCACAGUCCUGUUCCGUCUCUCAAAAGAGUGGAAAGAGCCAUACCUUGGAAGGGAUCAUGAAGUACCACAAGUAGGUGCAGAUGACUUUGAUGGUCCUGUCAGCAAUGAGGGAUAUGCUGCACGUGCCCAACUGGUGGCCAGAUGUUUCACUUGAAAUGGAUAACAUUAAUGACGUUGAUUUCCCAUGGAAAGGAUCUUUU